GUUGAACCAGACUCAAAAACUAUUUAAAUAAUAAGUUGAUAAAAUUUUGUCUUUUGUCAGAAUCGGAAUACGCCAAAGUAGACGCGAUGGUGCUGAAAUCGGAAGACGGAGUUGUGCCAGAUGACCUGACUCCGGAGGAGCAGCAGGAGCUGGAGAAUAUCCGUCGUCGCAAACAGGAGCUGCUGGAGGACAUUCAGCGUUUGAAGGAUGAGAUAGCAGAAGUUACAAAUGAGAUUGAAAACCUUGGCUCCACUGAGGAGAGGAAAAACAUGCAGAGGAAUAAACAAGUGGCCAUGGGGCGUAAGAAAUUCAACAUGGACCCCAAAAAGGGGAUCCAGUUCCUCAUUGAGAACGACCUUCUCAAGAACACUAGCGAUGACAUUGCUCAGUUCCUCUAUAAAGGGGAGGGCCUUAAUAAGACAGCCAUAGGCGACUACUUAGGAGAGAGAGAUGAUUUCAACAUCCAAGUCCUUCACGCUUUUGUGGAGCUACACGAGUUCACAGAUCUGAACCUAGUCCAGGCCCUCAGGCAGUUCCUGUGGAGUUUUCGGCUGCCAGGUGAGGCCCAGAAAAUCGACCGCAUGAUGGAGGCUUUCGCCCAGCGUUAUUGCCAGUGCAAUCCAGGCGUCUUCCAAUCCACAGACACGUGCUAUAUCCUGUCUUUUGCCAUAAUCAUGCUGAACACCAGCUUGCACAAUCCCAACGUGAAGGACAAACCCACCGUGGAGCGCUUCAUCUCCAUGAACAGAGGAAUAAACGAUGGAGGAGACCUGCCCGAAGAACUUCUCAGAAAUCUGUAUGAAAGCAUUAAGAACGAACCCUUUAAAAUCCCAGAGGACGACGGGAAUGACCUCACUCAUACUUUCUUCAACCCAGACAGAGAAGGCUGGCUGCUCAAAUUAGGAGGGGGACGCGUCAAAACCUGGAAACGGCGAUGGUUCAUUCUUACAGACAACUGCCUCUAUUACUUUGAGUACACUACUGACAAAGAACCCAGAGGGAUCAUCCCCUUGGAGAACCUCAGUAUUCGUGAAGUCGAGGACAAGAAGCCAAAUUGCUUUGAGCUCUUCAUUCCUGAUAAUAAGGAUCAAGUGAUUAAGGCUUGUAAGACAGAGGCGGAUGGGAGGGUGGUGGAAGGAAACCACACCUUUUACCGUAUCUCUGCCCCCACUGCGGAAGAGAAGGAUGAGUGGAUCAACAGUAUCAAAGCUGCUAUUAGCAGGGACCCUUUCUAUGAAAUGCUGGCAGCGAGGAAGAAGAAGGUCUCGUCAAUGAAGAGGCAUUAGAGCAGCUCAGGAAGCCCGUGUUGCACUUGAGAGAUUCAGGGCAAUGUGGAAUUGCUCCCCCUUGUGGACAGGACUGAGGUUUGCGGUACGGGUGUGAGGCUACAGUUUCCAGCUUCAGCAGUCUCUGUGGGAUUGGGAGAGCUUUUCGACUACUUGGAAGUCGUAAGGGGAAAAUGUGGGGAAUUAGCUGGAAAAGUUCUCCCCCAGACGCCAAACCUCCUCUCGUCUCUUUGCCUCCCGUCUGUGGCGCGAAUGCUCCCUCACUUAACUCAAAUUUAUAUCCGCACGCGCAUGUGUGUGUGUGUGUGAGUGCGUGCGUGUGUGUAUGCAUGUGUGAGUGCGUGCGUGUGUGUAUGCAUGUGUGAGUGCGUGCGUGUGUGUAUGCAUGCGCUUGUGAGGCAAAAUUCACAGGGAAAUGUCCGUCUCUGUUCCCUUCUGGAAACCCCCAAAGAGGUCAUUUUACAUCAUGCUUAACCAAAAUAUUCUCUCUCUCUCUCUCUCUCCGCUCUCUCUCUCUCUCUCUCUCUCACAUGCAUACAUACAAUGUUUUAAUCAGCAGGUCUGACAGAAUGUGGAAUCCCAACCAAACUUUUCUUAUUCUCUUCUGAAAAGGAAAGAGAUCCCUUCUCUGGAGAGCUUUGAUAUGUGUAGGCACUGCGUGUAUUUUUACAUUUUUACUGUAUAUGCUACUUUAAACUCUGUUAGACUUGCUCUUUUGUUGGUUUCAGUCUUUAAAACUGUUUGAAAAUGAAUUGUGACUGAUGACAUUACAUUGUUCAUAGCUUUGGGCAUUUUAUAGAAAAAGAAUCUUUAAAAAAAAAAAAAAAGACAAUACAACAGUUUUUGGGGGAUUUUGUAGGAUGGAAUGCAGUACAUUGCUAGGUUGGUUUGGGUUUAAUGUCAGGUAAUGGUCCAUAGCCAUGCUACCAUGUCCUCAGUGCUGGUUUGAAUACAGAUUCACGACGCGGUUUCUACAGAGAGAAACUCUGUAGAGCUGAAUCCAGAAUGAGAUGAAAGGGCCAGAAAGAACCCUAAAAACACAGUUCUGUCCAAAUCACUCAUUUACCAAAGCCUUUAGCAUUUGCAGUAUUUCUAGUUUGUCCAAAACCAGUAUGGCUACUGAAUGGUUAAGAUAUUUAUAGUGAUCUACUCAUUGGUCAUAUUAGUGGUUUUUGCAGGCGGAAACAAUGUUAAAAUCAGCAAUAGAUAUUAGUAAUUCUUAACCACUGCAGUCACAUUUUUGUGUGUUGACAGAGAAUGGUUUUAGUGAAUUUUAUGAUUGGAAGACCCAUCAGGGUUUAACUAAAUUUUUACAGCACCCUGUUAAAAUGGCAGGGUAAUCAAAUGUCCCCGCUCAACAGGAGAAAAUGUUUCUGUGUGCCUAAUAUCAGAAGUUGCGGUGGGGCUAGCCUUGUUUAGUAAAGCUGAGAAGCUUUGUCAUUAAUUAAAUCACAAAACUUUGUGAACAUCAAGUGAUAUUUCAAUGAUAACUGCAUUGAACUGCAGUUUGAUUUCUGUAAAACAGCUCAAUCUUUCUGUCUUUACCAGUGCCUGCCUUAGAUUUUACACUGUCAUCACCUAUUAGCUCUUCAGGUUUCUAGGAAAGUUUCCUUUUUGCUAAUUUCAGUGCACUGGUUGUUGUGUCAAAAUAGUCGAUCUAAACAGUAUUUGUUUAUUUAUCCAGGAUGUAUAUACUUAAGUGUAUAGUGAAUAUCUGUCUUCAUUUUAUAUAAAUGUAAAAGUUUGUUGUUUAUGUAGCAAUAUUGUAUCAUUAGCUGAGUGCCAUUUUUGUCUUUUUUUCCUCUUUUUUUCAUGUAAAAUAAAGACUCACAAUAUUAAUUAC